AUGGCCAACUUUGUGGAGCUCAGUACCAAGGCUAAAGUGCCCAUCUUGGGACUGGGCACCUGGAAAUUUGGCCUAGGAGAAGUCAGAGAGGCUGUGAAGGGGGCCAUUGACAUAGGAUAUCGCCACUUGGACUGUGCUUAUGCCUACGAGAAUGAGCAUGAGGUGGGGGAAACCAUCCAAGAGAAGAUCCAAGAGAAGGCUGUGAAGCGGGAGGAGCUCUUCAUAGUGAGCAACUUAUGGCCCACCUUCAUGGAGAAGCAUCUAGUGAGGGAAUCCUGUCAGAAGACCCUCAAGGAUCUGAGACUGGACUAUCUGGACCUCUACCUUAUUCACUUUCCACAGGCAUUACAGGUUGAAGUUCCUCCCCGUGCCAGUCUCUGGUUCCUGGACACAUGUUGGAAGAUAGCAGCUGAGCUGGUGGACGAGGAGCUGGUGAAAAACACUGGGAUCUCCAACUUCAACCACUUUCAGAUCGAGAGACUCUUGAACAAACCUGGACUGAAAUACAAACCAGUGAUCAACCAGAUUGAAUGUCACCCAUACCUCACGCAGGAGAAAUUGAUCCAGUACUGUCAGUCCAAGGGUAUCAGUGUCACAGCUUACAGCCCGCUAGGCUGUCCAAGUAGAUCUGGGGCCAAACCAGAGGACCCUUCUCUACUGGAGGAUCCCAAAAUUAAUGAGAUUGCUGCAAAGCACAAAAAAUCCACAGCCCAGGUUCUUAUCUGGUUCCAUAUCCAGAGGCAUGUGAUUGUAAUUCCCAAGUCUGUGAUGCUCGCACGCAUCGCCGAGAACUUUCAGGUCUUUGAUUUUAAAUUGAGUGAUGAGGAGAUGGCGACCCUACUCAGCCUCAACAGAAACUGGCGGUACUGCACCUUUAACUCGCUGAAAAGUCUGGAGGAGUAUCCCUUCUGUGCAGAAUAUUGA